ACCGUCUACCGUCCAUCAUCCAUCAUCCAUUCUCGUCCCCCCCGCCCUUUUGCAGCACGGCGGGCGCCAGUGCGUACAACAUACGACCAGACCCGCCAGGGCUCGUCACCAUCGUAUCAGCACCAACAUCUGCCGGGAUCGAUUCGUCGUCGUCGUCGUUGCUUGGGACCUCUCUUUUGUGCAGCCAACAAGCAUCCUCAUCGUGCCCUGUACUGUACUGCAGACAAACGCAGACAACGCAGACGCAGACCGCCCCGUCGCUCUUCAGGCGCAGACACCUCAUUCGCCUUCUCCUCCUCCUCCUCCUCCUCCUCCUCCUCCUCCUCCUCCUCGUGCCUGGCUGCGUUGCCUCGUCUGGCCUGCUUUGCUUUGAGCAUCGCCACCGCCUCAUCAGAGGCUCCAGACACCCUCCGAGGGGCCUGCCUGCCUGCCUCUCUUGCUGGCCGCCAGCGCCCGGCUGUGUCGUUUCUCCAUCGUCGCCCAACAACAUUCGUCGGCUCUCCGCCCUUGCCGAUGACGACACGGGGGCUCCUUUUAGACCUCAGGGGUUUGCCGCUGUGCAUCCAUCCAGCCUACCAGGUUAUUAGUUGACAAGUCAGUUACGUACGUACAGAGUACCAGUAGCUUGCCUUUGCUUCGGCUCCGCCUCGCGCUUGCUACCUAUGCACAUAAACUUAGGCCAAACCCUCUUCUCCGCCCGCCGGUCGCUACUACGGCCAGCCCAUAAUCUAUCCCGUGUAGCAAACCCUCCCACAAUCACCUCUCCAUCCGACAUCGCCCUCUGUUCGCUCACCCUCGUCUUGCCCCUUUAAAUAUCCAGCAUCUCUCACCGUGCCCUGCCUGCGCACCCCUGAUCCCGUCAUCACCGAUUUACGCCACACGCACGCAUACAUACUCAGUCGUUGUCGACCCCAACUGACUCCAGCCAGCAACCUUGCCUGCGGUGCAGAUCGUCCGCCGGCUCCAAUUCGUCGACUGCCGUUCCUACAAACGACUACUAGUAGCAUCGCCAACCUUUAGCGUCUGCCUGACCUGCUGUCACCCUCGGCCAAAACUCCAUCAUCAGUCUCAUCAUGCCUCUCGCAAACGUGGGCUCCCUCGUCCUCAACCACGUCGUCUUCCUCACCCACCUCGUCUACAUCAACCUCGCCUUCUCCCAUGCCGAGCCCAGCUUACUCAUCGUCCUCUACUUUGUCUCCAAGCUGGUCGCCCGCCGCCCCGAGGACCUGGAUCUGGACGCGGGGUCAUGGCCGCCACCCAUCGCGCCCAAGUGGUGAUGACGCAUUCUCACCGAGCCUCGCCCGCCAUGUCACCCCAGUCCACCGGAUAUGAGUCGCCCACCGAGGAGAACCAGCCCCCCUUCUUCUCAUCACCGUCCCCGGCGCCGAGCUUCAACCAAUCUCAUGCGUCCGCUGUCGUUGCAUCAGGCCUCGCGGCUCACGGACAAGUCUCCCGCGCCCCCUUCACCUUACGGCCGCCGAAUGUCGUAGCAUCGGCCCCUGGUGGCCAGCCACAUCCAGUCCGCGAUCCCGGCCGUCGGGGCCCCCAUCAAUCAAGCCUCAAUGGCAUGGUAGAAAAGACGGAGACCCCGUUGCCCGGCGCAAGAGUUACCCUCAAAGACCGCAUCGCCUGCUACCAGUGGACCUACUUCACCAUGACCAUGGCCACGGGCGGCAUCGCCAACGUCAUCCACUCUCUUCCUUACCAGGCAUCUUGGGUCACUGGUUUGGGUGUCUUCUUCGUCCUUCUCAACGUGUCGCUUUUCCUGCUUCACUGCGUCCUCAUCGCCGCACGCUUCUAUCUGCGUCCGGGCAGUUUCGUCAGGUCCUUUACCGACCAAGUCGAGUCUCUCUUCAUCCCGGCCUUUUUUGUUUCCAUUGCAAUCAUCAUGAUCAACACGUGCGAGUACGGCGUGCCGCGGGCGGGCGUCUGGCUACUCAGGACCAUGGAAGUCAUGUUCUGGUUUUAUGUGGCGCUGAGCGUCUUUGCGAGUGCCGGCAUCUACCUCGUCCUCUGGUCAACCCUCAUCUUUCCCGUCCACACCAUGACACCAACAUGGGUCUUUCCAGCGUACCCUUUGUUGCUCACGGCUCCUUUCGCCUCCACCUUGAUCGCCGCUGCCGAGACCUCAAGCCACACGCUGUCGCUCAACGCCACAGCCGUUGCCCUCGGUGCCGCAACGACUCAGGGGACUGGGUGUCUUAUUGCCUUUAUGAUCUCUUCAGCCUUUGUCUACCGGUUGAUGACGCAGAAACUGCCGCGCGACACCCAGCGGCCCGGUGUUUUCAUGUCGAUAGGACCAUUUGGCUUCACCGCCGCAGGCAUUGCACAGCUCGGGAACCAGGCCAAGCAAAUCUUUCCUCACGACUUUCUUGGUAGCGACACUGCCGUCGACAUCAUCAGAGUCGUGUCCAUCCUAGUUGGGCUCUGGCUCUGGGGCCUCGCCGUGUGGUUUUUUCUCGUCUCCGUGGGCUCACUUUGGAAGUACGCCCGGUUGCGGAGCAGCCUGCCUUUUCAAAUGACGUGGUGGUCGUUUGUAUUUCCCAACACAGCAUUGGUCACGGCUACUCAGGUCAUGGGCCGAGUCUUUCAGAGCAAGGGCCUGCGGCUCUUUGGCUCCAUCAUGACGGUGGCCCUCGUCGUCGUCUGGGUGGGCGUCUUCGUCACCAUGAUUAACUGCCUGCGGACGAGGAAGCUGUUGUGGCCCAAGAGUAGUAACAGUGCCUGAGGCAGGGGGGGCGACCUACCUGUUGUCACGAUUCUGUGUCUCUUUGCAUUUGAUGACGUCUUCUUCGAGAAAUGUCGUUUUGAGUACUGUAUGUACUACUGCAUUGGGCGGCGUUUUGUAGGUAUGAGCAUAUGACGAGGGGCGGCGGGGGCGGAUAGAGAGCAUAAAGGUAUGGAUAAUGUUAUCCGGACAGACUGAUAGUCUACAAAGGUAUUCGUACGUGGCCGUACAGCUAUUGCGUCCGAAGUGACUCUGCGCCAGCCAUUUUUGGUGUGCGUGUGUAUUACUUCGGGCAUGCAAGCAAGGGGCAGCAGCAGUAAGUAGGGUGCCGCAAUUGCAUUGCACAACCGAAUGCAUAAGCCCGCUCAGCCGCGAGCUCUGCUGUCCUGGCCUGGGCAUCGACCACAAAUGGUCAUCGAGAGAGAUCUCGCCCGCUUUGAAUGAAGGAGGCUGGCUGGCAUGUUCAUGUCCUAUGUAUGUAUGGCCUCGAGUAACUUGGUUGUGGACAACCCACAACCCACUUGCGAUACCAGCUCAUGCACCACCACUGGGCCAUGGAGGUGCGAUUCGAUUCGCACAUGAGAUGGGACUGGAAAG